UUGUGUGCAUUGUUUUGACUUAUUUCUUCAAACACAGAGUUGAUCGUUUCCACACUUGUAUCCAUUAUUUAUCAACAGCAAGGAGACUCCAAAGAGCUUUUGCAUAUUUUAUUUUAAAGGUUAACUGAUAUGCGUGUACUUCAAUUCCCAUAAUGCACCUGUAACACUCACAAGAGCCACUCAGCAGCAGGUAAACAAACCCAUCUGACUGGGAUGGUGAGCCAAACAAAGCGUAUGCGCUGCCUGACGGUCUUGCAUUUUUAAUGGCGAUAAAGAUGACAAUCAGAAAAAAGAUACCUCUGCCCUCACCAGUUCUUUAAAAUCGUCUCUGGAAUAUUAUUCAUCAGCGAGGAGAAUCGACGAAGGACGAGUUUAAUCUGCGGUGGAACACGGAUUGUAUAUGUUAUCUGCGCAUGAUGCAUUGCAGCGCUUUAGAGAAAAUGGGUGUUUUUUGCCUCAUUAUCAGAUUAGAGUAUCUGAUCCGAGAUGUCGGUUGGGUUCUUUAGCUACCGUAUCAUUUAACUGUGCUGGGCUCAGAACAUCACCCCCUCUCUGGCGAUCUGCAACAUGGGGCCCAUCAUGCAGGAACGCACAGCAUCCACGACACUGAAACGGGUCGUCUCCAAGGAGAAGAUCCGCGUAAAAAAUACUGAAAAUAGCGAACCAGUAACCAGUUCAAAGAAAAUUAAUAAGAUUAAGAAAUCAGUGGGCCAAAUGAAAAAUGGCCUCCCAGGACCAGGUCAGGAAAAAGACAUAGUGACAACAGUACAGAAGGGUGCGCAGUCAAAAGGUGGCAGGGUCAAAUAUGGCUCUACACAGAAUACAAGCAAACUCUCCAGCCCUGAUGAAGAAGAUUUUAGACCUCAACUCCGCAAACACUCAUCUGUGCACAGAAAAGAGGAACAACGAGAGAAUCAGCGUAUGUCACAGUGCGGCACUGAGGUACAUCAAAAUCGUGGGGGAAUAGUGAAAAAUCGACGAGCCCUCUCCUUGCCCCUCUCCCCAAUAUCAGGGCUACGACAUAUGCCAGCACAGCCCCUAACACACUCCCCAGCCCCCACCCCAGAGGCACUACAGCAGCACUACAACCAAAAGGAUGAUGACACUGAUGGCGCUAGUGAUCUGUCAGACUCUGAGCGGCUGCCUGUACUUCCCUCUCCCUGUACUCCCUGCACCCCUCCUCAUCUCAACCUCCGGGCUGAAGUCAUCAAUACUCAUGAGUUCCCCCCGGAUAUCCCAGGACCCCAUGGGACUGUGGGCAAUGAGGAUGAGAGUGAAAAACCCAGCUACAGUUACCCAGACUUUCUGCCUCCUCCAUUCAACUGCUGGAGCCUUAGACAGCUGGCAGUUUUUCUUCAUACAGAGGGCCGUGGAGCGCCCCGGCCCAAGCCUGUAGGGCCCUUAGAAAAGUACCUGGAGAGGCUGCUGCAGCUGGAAUGGCUCCAGAUCCAAACGGUACAAGCAGAGAGCAGCCGUCCACCUGGGAGUCGAUCAAGGCCACAGAGCUUCCCCUCUGCCUCCACAGCUCACUCAUCCAGGCCUCACACAGCUCCACCAUCCCGUCUCAACUCACCUAAAGGGUUGCGGCAUAGCCAGCGAGCCUUCCCAUUUGCACCCAUCAACAACCCUCCAUCACCUGCCUCAACUCAGCACUCACUCUCCCGCUUUCCAGUUUGUCCUCACUGUCACAUUCGCUACCCGAUGUGCAAUGGAAGCUGCUCUGCCUAUGCCUACCAGCACCACUCACGACUUAGCCCACUGCUUGAGCUUAGAGCUAAACCUGGGGAGCCAGCAAAGCGGAGCAGCAGUGAGACUCGAGCAACCUCCACAGAAGGUAGGAGCCCAGGAGGACAAGGUGGAGGUGGAGGAGGAGCCCAGACCCCAGUUAGCCCCUCAGCUGGAAGGAGUCAUCUCAGGCACAUGCAGGCUGCAGGCAAUGCCCGUAAGCAACCCCAGGAAUCUGGAAGCAACACAAAUGGUAGAGGUCAAGCGAGAAAAAGCCGCAUCAGAGCUAACUCUGAGACCGAUGUUAAAAAGGAGACCGGUGGCAUUAAUAAAGCAGCUGCUGUAGAGAAACGUGUUUUUGCUUCAGGUAAGAGAGAGUUCAUCACCUCCAUGACAGCGGAGAAGGACUGGCAGAGGACAGAGGCAGGAGGUCAAGUCUCGAAAACUGCCUUGAAAAGAGCUGCUAAAGAGCCGCAGUCUUUCUCCAAAAUACCGCUUAGCAGUAAGCAGAACUGCAAAACAAAAAGUGUGCACUUUGUUGCAAAGUAACCCCUACAGAUCUUCAGUAUAGGGGUUUAUUUACGGGGUUUUUCCAUUAUAGGAACCUACCAAAACAUGUCGCACUGAGUAAUGCUUAUCAUAGGUCUGCAUUUGUUUCCACUAUGGCUUGCCCACUUUGGAGGUGUGUUCCAGGAGCUACAUUUUGACACCCCUCACGAGGUAGUACUAAAAUCAAACACCAGGAAUGUGAACGGGGAGGGGGUGCGUACACGCAGAACAGUCGCUGGUGAUUGGUUAAAUGUCCGCAUCUUCACACCUCAAGCAUUAGCAUUACAAGCACCGUAUGUAAAUACACAGCUGAC